UCUCCAGUUCCCUCUCUCUCCAGCCCCCCCCCCUCUCUCUCCUCUUUUUUUCUCAGACAGCCUGUUCUCUCUAUUUGCAGUUUGACACACACAAGUCUUCUCCGCUUCAGUCUCUGAUGAACAGCGUGUGUUUUGUAUCACUAAUAUUUAGUCAAUUGGAAGCGCAGUGCAGAGGAGACAGUGGACAGUGCUGUAAGAGAUGCUUGGUGUUGUUCAGCUCUGGCUGUACCCUCUGUCAGGCUUCUGUUCAUCCUUUAGAUACCUGCAUGUCGUGCUUUACUGGUGUCAGAAUCAACCUCUGGUUAUGUGUUGGACCGGGCAGAUUUCUCUCUCUGGUGUAUCACUGCUGGAGUCUGAGUCAGUGGGAUGUUUUAGGUUGAGUGAGUCAGUGGGUUGUGUUAGGUUGAGUGAGUCAGUGGGUUGUGUUAGGUUGAGUGAGUCAGUGGGUUGUGUUAGGUUGAGUGAGUCGGUGGAAUGUUUUAGGUUGAGUGAGUCAGUGGGAUGUUUUAGGUUGAGUGUGUUAGGUUGAGUGAGUCGGUGGGAUGUUUUAGGUUGAGUGAGUCAGUGGGAUGUUUUAGGUUGAGUGAGUCAGUGGGAUGUUUUAGGUUGAGUGAGUCAGUGGGAUGUUUUAGGUUGAGUGUGUUAGGUUGAGUGAGUCGGUGGGAUGUUUUAGGUUGAGUGAGUCAGUGGGAUGUUUUAGGUUGAGUGAGUCAGUGGGUUGUGUUAGGUUGAGUGAGUCGGUGGAAUGUUUUAGGUUGAGUGAGUCAGUGGGAUGUUUUAGGUUGAGUGUGUUAGGUUGAGUGAGUCGGUGGGAUGUUUUAGGUUGAGUGAGUCAGUGGGAUGUUUUAGGUUGAGUGAGUCAGUGGGAUGUUUUAGGUUGAGUGUGUUAGGUUGAGUGAGUCGGUGGGAUGUUUUAGGUUGAGUGAGUCAGUGGGAUGUUUUAGGUUGAGUGAGUCAGUGGGUUGUGUUAGGUUGAGUGAGUCGGUGGGAUGUUUUAGGUUGAGUGAGUCAGUGGGAUGUUUUAGGUUGAGUGAGUCGGUGGGUUGUGUUAGGUUGAGUGAGUCAGUGGGAUGUUUUAGGUUGAGUGAGUCGGUGGGAUGUUUUAGGUUGAGUGAGUCAGUGGGAUGUUUUAGGUUGAGUGAGUCAGUGGGAUGUUUUAGGUUGAGUGAGUCGGUGGGAUGUUUUAGGUUGAGUGAGUCGGUGGGAUGUUUUAGGUUGAGUGAGUCAGUGGGAUGUUUUAGGUUGAGUGAGUCGGUGGGAUGUUUUAGGUUGAGUGAGUCGGUGGGAUGUUUUAGGUUGAGUGAGUCGGUGGGAUGUUUUAGGUUGAGUGAGUCGGUGGGUUGUGUUAGGUUGAGUGAGUCAGUGGGAUGUUUUAGGUUGAGUGAGUCAGUGGGAUGUUUUAGGUUGAGUGUGUUAGGUUGAGUGAGUCGGUGGGAUGUUUUAGGUUGAGUGAGUCAGUGGGAUGUUUUAGGUUGAGUGAGUCAGUGGGAUGUUUUAGGUUGAGUGAGUCAGUGGGAUGUUUUAGGUUGAGUGUGUUAGGUUGAGUGAGUCGGUGGGAUGUUUUAGGUUGAGUGAGUCGGUGGGAUGUUUUAGGUUGAGUGAGUCAGUGGGAUGUUUUAGGUUGAGUGAGUCAGUGGGAUGUUUUAGGUUGAGUGAGUCAGUGGGAUGUUUUAGGUUGAGUGUGUUAGGUUGAGUGAGUCGGUGGGAUGUUUUAGGUUGAGUGAGUCAGUGGGAUGUUUUAGGUUGAGUGAGUCGGUGGGAUGUUUUAGGUUGAGUGAGUCGGUGGGAUGUUUUAGGUUGAGUGAGUCGGUGGGAUGUUUUAGGUUGAGUGAGUCGGUGGGAUGUUUUAGGUUGAGUGAUUCGGUGGAAUGUGUUAGGUUGAGUGAUUCGGUGGAAUGUGUUAGGUUGAGUGAGUCGGUGGGAUGUUUUAGGUUGAGUGAGUCGGUGGGAUGUUUUAGGUUGAGUGAGUCAGUGGGAUGUUUUAGGUUGAGUGAGUCAGUGGGAUGUUUUAGGUUGAGUGAGUCGGUGGGAUGUUUUAGGUUGAGUGAUUCGGUGGAAUGUGUUAGGUUGAGUGAGUCAGUGGGAUGUUUUAGGUUGAGUGAAUCGGUGGGAUGUUUUAGGUUGAGUGAAUCGGUGGGAUGUUUUAGGUUGAGUGAGUCGGUGGGAUGUUUUAGGUUGAGUGAGUCGGUGGGAUGUUUUAGGUUGAGUGAGUCAGUGGGAUGUUGAGUGGAGAGACUGUAUUUAAUCGACUGAAUGAAUGAACCCAGAGGUUCACCUGAAAAGAAGGGAGUACAUCACCACAGAGGACAACAUCACCACAGAGGACAACAUCACCACAGAGGACAACAUCACCACAGAGGACAACAUCACCAGAGGACAACGUCACCACAGAGGACAACGUCACCACAGAGGACAACAUCACCAGAGGACAACAUCACCACAGAGGACAACAUCACCACAGAGGACAACAUCACCACAGAGGACAACAUCACCACAGAGGACAACAUCACCACAGAGGACAACAUCACCAGAGGACAACAUCACCACAGAGGACAACGUCACCACAGAGGACAACGUCACCACAGAGGACAACGUCACCACAGAGGACAACGUCACCACAGAGGACAACGUCACCACAGAGGACAACGUCACCACAGAGGACAACAUCACCACAGAGGACAACGUCACCACAGAGGACAACGUCACCACAGAGGACAACAUCACCACAGAGGACAACAUCACCACAGAGGACAACAUCACCACAGAGGACAACAUCACCACAGAGGACAACAUCACCAGAGGACAACAUCACCACAGAGGACAACAUCACCAGAGGACAACGUCACCACAGAGGACAACGUCACCACAGAGGACAACGUCACCACAGAGGACAACAUCACCACAGAGGACAACAUCACCACAGAGGACAACAUCACCACAGAGGACAACAUCACCACAUAGGACAACAUCACCACAGAGGACAUCACCACAGAGGACAACAUAACCAGAAGAGCUGCUUUCUGUCAUAUUUUUUGUGCGUUCCUAUUUGAAGACUGGAGCCAUGCUUUUGUUAUUUAAACCAGGAAGUUUAUUUAGUUUCAAUAACAUCUGUUUUGUUGUGAUUUUGCUUCUGCGUCCUACCCACUGACCACCUCUACUGAGCCCCUAAAGUUACUGAUGAAGUAGAGGUCAGAAAUUGUCAGGUCUCACUUCUAACCUUUCAGUUUGACCCUUGAACUUUGACAUAUGAUGUCCUGUAGAUUUUGAAAGCCCUUCAGACUGAUUAAUCAGCUCCUAACAUAUCGCACAGCUAGUGGCUUGCCCAUUUCAAACCUGCCACACUGAUAGGGAAUACUACACAAGAAACUCCCGUAUAGAAGAUUCAACUACACUGAACAAAAAUACAAAACACAACAUGCAACAAUUUCAAAGAUUUUACUGAGUAACAGUUCAUAUAAAGAAAUCAGUCAAUUUAAAUCCAUUUGUUAGGCCCUGAUAUAUGGAUUUCAUGGCUGGGAAUACAGAUAUGCAUCUGAUCACAGAUACCUUGGUCUGCAGUUGGAUAUAUUGAGGCCGGUUGGACAUACUGCCAAAUUCUAACAAACGACUUUGGAGGAGACUAUAGCUAGAGAAAUUAACAUUCAAUUCUCUGGCAACAGCUCUGGUGGACAUUCCUGCGGUCAGCAUGCCAAUUGCACGCUCCCUCAACAGCACAUUUUAGAGUGGCCUUUUGUCACCUGCACAAGGUGCAUCUAUGUAAUUAUCAUGCUGUUUAAUCAGCUUCUUGAUAUGCCACACCUGUCAGGUGAAUGUAUUUUCCUGGCAGAGGAGAAAUGCUCACUAACAGGGAUGUCAACAGAUUUGUGAGAAGAAGAAAAAUGCGUAAAAAGUUUUUUGUGCGUAAAGAACAUUUCUGGGAUCUGUUAUUUCCACUCAUGAAACAUGGGACCAAAUCUUUACAUGUUGUGUUUAUAUUUUAUUCAGUGUAGACACCCUGUGGGGUUGUACCUCACCGUAGGUCAGUGUAGACACCCUGUGGGGUUGUACCUCACCGUAGGUCAGUGUAGACACCCUGUGGGGUUGUACCUCACCGUAGGUCAGUGUAGACACCCUGUGGGGUUGUACCUCACCGUAGGUCAGUGUAGACACCCUGUGGGGUUGUACCUCACCGUAGGUCAGUGUAGACACCCUGUGGGGUUGUACCUCACCGUAGGUCAGUGUAGACACCCUGUGGGGUUGUACCUCACCGUAGGUCAGUGUAGACACCCUGUGGGGUUGUACCUCACCGUAGGUCAGUGUAGACACCCUGUGGGGUUGUACCUCACCGUAGGUCAGUGUAGACACCCUGUGGGGUUGUACCUCACCGUAGGUCAGUGUAGACACCCUGUAGGGUUGUACCUCACCGUAGGUCAGUGUAGACACCCUGUGGGGUUGUACCUCACCGUAGGUCAGUGUAGACACCCUGUGGAGU